UUUAAUGUGCGCUAAUGUACCCACCAGCUCAAACGAGACGGGGCCGUUCUGGAUAGUGCCGGGCCACCGAGCCAGCGAGCCACCGAAAAGGAACGCAAAACAUUAGACAUUGAAUUUUAUGAGGGUUUUUUCGUUAUCUUUUUUCAUUUCUGUGUGACAAGUGUUAUAGGACACACUUGGGGGAGUAGGAGUAGUAUCGCAAUGGCACACGCCAUAUGCAGCAAGGCAUUUUCGAAUGGGAAUAAGGUUGGUUAAAAAAAUGUCGUAAGUAGUAGCUAUUUUUAGAGGUUUUUUUUAUUAAUUGACAGCUGGCAAUUAUUCAGGUACGUAUAUGAGAAGAUAUUGCGAUAACAAUUGUUUGAAAUUACGCUCAAUUAAUUAAAACUCUCUUUUAGCCAGCUAAAACUGUUGUAUGUCUGUUGCAUUAACAAAUUAUCGAAACAUCCUUCUCGGACCGUUCCUCCUGCAUUAAAAAAAAUAUCAAAACACUAUUUCAAAACAAAUUUUAGCAUUUUCCAUUGUAGCAGAUCCAAAUUUCGAUACUUCAUUCCCAUGAACAUACAUAUAGAAAUGAACUUUUACUGUAACCACGCCCACUUUCUCGCGGCAAUAUAUGUCCAUGAGUACAUGUCCCCGCUUGCGGAAUGAAUCGCAUGAAAACAACACAGCGCGCAUGUUAGAUGCAAGUGGCCGAUAUAACGAUUUUUCGACAGGAAUUAAGGCUGUAGGGUCGGACUUCCGGAUUUCCGAUGGUGGUGGUGGUAGUAGAAGAUGAUGGACUGACAAAGAGUGUUUACAUUAGAUUUGCUUGCUGCUGUGAGAGAAAGAGUUGUUGACUAACCUACAAAAGCAGCCAUCGGAUUUUUAUCGUUAGAAGAUCUACCAAACGUAUCCUUUUUUGGUGUUGUCUUUCCCAAAAGCCGCUUCUUUGGCUGUGUGAAUUCCAAGAUGGUGGGGAUAAGGCUCCCCUCGUUUCACGAACUCCCAUUCGCUCGCCAUCGGUGCCAGAUCGCGAGGUGGGGGUAGUGAGAGAUUCCAGUAGCAGGCGCACGAGAUCGCAUCAGCUCGGCGCCAUUGUCGGCAGUAGCUACGGGCGUGAGUGAGAUGCCCCUACACUGCCACUAGCAGUGUGUGAUUUUUACUGACACUACACACACACACACACAUACACACACACACACACACACACACACACACACACACACACACACACACACACAAAUACUGCGACACCUUUGGACAGCCUAGAAGGAUUAUUUGUUGGAGCUGCUAGAUCUGCAGGACAUGCUGGGUAUGACGUGAUUGUUUAGUAUGGUUUAAAAAAAGAAACAAACAACAACAAUCGGUUUAAUGUCAGACCGGUGCACUGGAAAACCACCACUGGAAAACGUAAAAAGGGUGACUACGCCCCCGAACUAACCCCGAACGAUCGCAAGGAUUGAUGACCUACACCUCCCUUCUCCCCCAACUCCCUCCACACCAGUCCCAUGUUGUGUACUAUGUGUCGCCAUCGUUUUAAACAGCGCAUUCGUGCCCUUUGCUCCGGUUCUAGUAGUGGUGAUGGGUCGGCACCAUAGGGGAAGGGGGUAAGAUUCGCGCGUGCGUAUGUGUUUGAGCGGAUGCAGCGUUGGCAGCGGCGAGCCAAACGUCCCAGCACACAGUAUCACGGCGGCAGCGUGGUUGAGAUAUAUCGUGUCGUAUGUGCUGUUCCCGCGGGUCAUCGUCAGCAUCAUCAUACAGUGUACACUCGCCGAAAAGUGUUUCUUCCGCGCGGAACCGCGACAAACUCACACAGAUAACUUCGGUCCAAUGAAGUGCGCUUACUCCGCAUUCAUGUCCCCGUAAAAAUCACACUAAUCAGUCGUCAGUUGUCUUCCGGUAAGCCUUUCCGAAACGUCAUCCUUCUGGCCAAUAACGGCUUGGAUGGAACCGGUACUGCCGUAGGCAGCUUAAGGCAGGUAAAGGUCAGCCACGCCACGCCGGAACAAUGCUAGUGCCGCAGGACAUGGUAACCGUGCAGUCGAAGACGAUCUUCCAAAUCAACAAGUACUACGCGGAGAAGGUACAGGUGCGCAUGGGCAACAUCGCCCUAGUGCUGCGCGAGAUCUGCAAGAUCGUUCAGGAGGUGCUGCGUGAGGUGGAGGUACAGGAGCCUAGAUUUAUCUCUAGCCUGGUCGAAUGCAAUGGAAGAUACGAAGGUCUGGAAGUAAUCUCGCCGACGGCAUUCGAGGUAGUACUCUACCUGAACCAGAUGGGAGUAUUCAACUUUGUGGACGAUGGGUCACUGCCAGGCGCAGCAGUGCUAAAGCUUAGCGACGGUCGCAAACGCUCCAUGUCGUUGUGGGUCGAGUUCAUCACCGCGUCCGGCUAUUUGUCCGCCCGGAAGAUCCGGUCCCGGUUUCACACGCUUGUCGCCCAAGCAGUUGAGAAGUGCCCUUACCGGGACAUGGUGAAGCUGGUGCCCGACACGACGGAGGUGAAGCUGCGCAUCCGCGAACGGUACACCGUCCAGAUUACACCCGCCUUCAAGUGUACCGGCAUCUGGCCGAGGUCGGCUGCCCAUUGGCCCAUUCUCAACAUACCUUGGCCCCACCCGGCCCUGGUUGCGGAGGUCAAGACGGAGGGGUUCGAUUUGCUUUCGAAGGAGAGCGUUAUCCUGCAGGGCAAGAACGCGAACGUUGAGGGUGACGCCUGGCUGCUACACUUUACCGAGGCGGAGAAUCGGUUGCUGCAGGGCGGAUACCGGAAGCGGUGCCUCAGCAUCCUGAAGACGCUGUGCGACCGGCAUCUAGAAUUGCCCGGUGUACCAAUCGGGUAUUACCAUCUUAAGACGCUGUUGUUGUACGAGUGUGAGAAGCACCCGCGCGAAACGGAGUGGGAUGCAGGCUGCGUCGCCGAUCGGUUGAAUGGGAUCUUCCUACAGCUCAUCUCUUGUCUGCAAUGUCGCCGUUGCCCGCACUACUUUCUGCCCAGUCUUGACCUGUUCAAGGGCAAAUCGCCGUCGGUUUUGGAUAAUGCUUCCAAACACGUGUGGCGGCUCUGUCGGGACAUUCUGACAAGCAGUAAAGCUUUCGAUCGACUGUAAUCGCCAGCAGAAAGUGGUGGACGACCAAAGGAUCAGAGACCAUAUCAGAGCAUGAAUUGACAAGAUUCAAUAGCUAAAUCAAACCAAGUUUGAAUGAUCUUGUCAGAGAGCAAACGUGUAUAUGAACGGUAUACGAAUGAUGAUAUAGAGACGAGCUCGGCGGAUGGUUGUAAUCGACUAAUCGUUGAGCAAUAGAGAUGACAUCGUUUGCUUGAUUUAGUUUGUUCUAAGAAUUAUGUCAACAUUAUUCUUUAGUCAAUGGUCUAAAGUUAAAUUUGAAACAAAGCUGCGGUCACCAUACAACUGGCAAGCAACUGCAUUAGAUCACGGCCUAAGUGCACGGGGUGUAGAAGACGUAGUCCAGUGAACGCAGUGUAUGAUUCGUUUCGCUUUGCUUAGUCCCAUCUUUUCUGUGACAUCUUUGUUAGAGGGUGCUGUUUCUAUUUCUAAUCCGAAAUAAACGUAUAAACAAUUCGUGA